GGCUGGGUGAGCUGCAUGCCGCUGCAGGGAGUGGAUUUCUGAUGAACGCCGUCACGGAGCGCACGAGGAAAUCCGUGACGCGGUCACGUCUGGGUACAAAAGCAGCGAGCCGAUGGCCCUGGGAGAGACAGAGCGGAGAUCGUGAAGAGAGAGAGAGAGGUUGCAGCUGCCAUCGUUCUCAUUGGUUCCCACAAGCACCGCAUCAGCUAUGACGUCACAAAGGACAGCCGUCCUCUUCAUCGCCGCCAUCUUGAGCGUCUCGUUCACGCCCGCAAUGGCGAAAGAGGAGGAGGAGGAGUCGAUCAACUGGUGGAAGAUUGGCGCCAUUAUAGCCGGAGGAGUCGGCACAGUUGCAUUAGCCCCAGUGGCAAUAGCAGCCGCGGGCUUCACCGCCGGAGGGAUCGCCGCCGGCUCCAUGGCCGCCUCGCUCAUGUCCUCGGCCGCGGUUGCCAGCGGAGGAGGGGUGGUGGCCGGAGGGGUUGUGGCCACGCUGCAGUCCAUAGGAGCGGCUGGGCUGGGAACUGCAGCUAUGGCUACCGUGGGGACAGCCGGGGCAGCCAUCACCAAGGUCGCGGUGGACGUCAUAGACGGGAGUAUAAAGAACGAGGAGGAGGAGGAGGAGUAGGGCAGCGAGAUGGUGGGGGGAGGGGGGGGGUAGUGUUGAGAGGGCAGCGUGUGCGCUCAGCGUGGCUGGCUAAGCAGUGCGAAGAUUCACAAACCUCUCGCUGGCACGGUCGGCUACGGUGGGGUAGCAGCUCCUCUGCCUCAUCCUGCCUCUAAUCCUCUUCUUCCUCUUCUUCCUCUCCUGCCUCUCCCCGAUUUAGUCGGUCUAGUUGGUCUAGACAGUCUACUUGGUCUAGACGGACUAGUCGGUCUAAGACGGUCUAGUUGGUCUAGAUGGUCUAGUUGGUCUAAGACAGUGUAGACAGUCUAGAUGGUGUAGACCGUUUCAUUGGUCUAGACGGUCUAGUCGGUCUAAGACAGUGUAGACAGUCUCGAUGGUGUAGACUGUUUCAUUGGUCUAGACGGUGUAGAUGGUCUAGAUGGUCUAGUCGGUCUAAGACAGUGUAGGCAGUCUAGAUCGUGUAGACUGUUUCAUUGGUCUAGACGGUCUAGUUGGUCUAGACAGUCUACUUGGUUGAGACGGUCUAGUCGGUCUAAGACAGUGUAGACAGUCUAGAUGGUGUAGACUGUUUCAUUGGUCUAGACGGUGUAGAUGGUCUAGAUGGUCUCGUCAGUGAAGAGGGUCUAGUCGGUGAAAAUUGUCUAGGUGGUCUAAACGGUGUUGGUGCUGAGUGCUACUUAAAAUCAAAUGUUUUCGUUCCGGAUGACCGCUGCAACGUAUGAUUUUGUGUUUUGAUUUAGUGUGCUGAUCUUUAAAGGUGCAUUUUUAAAAAAGUUGAUACUCCUACUGAUUCUGCUGCUAUUGUGGAGUCACUCAUGCAGCCAGCUAUGGCUACAGGGUUUGGUGAUACAUGUUGUUUAUGUCAUUUAUUGUGAAAUUUCGGUCACAGUCCCUAUGAUCACUGUUACAUUGCUUCUGGCUUUAUUUUGGUGAUUU